AUGAUAACGGAAUCCACACCUUCAAGCUCCUCCCCGACCCUCUCAGGUAUUCCGCCUUUGAAAGAUGACCCCCCUAGGGAUGUCGAAUUGCGGACCGACCUAGAGAAAGUGGAUACGAAAGUGUCCAUACACCACCCGUCACAGUUUCCAGACGGAGGCUUAACGGCAUGGUUAGCAGUCUUAGGAGGGUUUUCGUGCCUGUUUUGCAGUUUUGGGUGGAUAAAUUGUAUAGGAAUAUUUCAAGGCUACUAUACCUCACAUCAAUUAAAAGACUACACGCCAUCACAAGUAUCGUGGAUCUCGUCCCUUGAGACCUUCUGCAUGUUCUUCUUUGGUCCUAUAGUCGGAAAGUACUAUGACGCCUAUGGGUCCCGUUUCAUUCUUCCUUUAGGAACCCUCUUGCAUGUUUUUGGCCUCAUGAUGACUAGCAUCUCGUCCAAGUACUGGCACUACAUCGUCUGCCAGGGCAUCGUCUCCGCAACUGGUGCAUCCCUCAUCUUCUACCCAGCCCUCGGCGACGUCUCCACCUGGUUCUUCAAGAAGCGUGCCUUCGCCCUCGGUAUCAUGGCCUCCGGCUCGUCCCUCGGCGGUGUUAUCAUGCCAAUCAUGAUUGAGCGCCUCAUUCCUAGAGUAGGCUACGGCUGGGCUAUGCGUAUCACCGCAUUCCUGAUCCUUGGGCUCAUGAUCGUCGCGAAUCUUACGCUGCGCUCACGGCUCCCAGCGAAAGGGUGGUCUCCGUUCCUGUUGAAUGACUUCACACGACACUUCAAGGAGCCCGGGUUCACUCUGACGGUGAUGGGUGCAUUCUUCUUCUUCUUUGGGAUGUUUUUGCCAUUCAACUAUAUUGUCGUUUCUGCGAAACAGAACGGCAUGAGUACCACAUUGGCCAACUACAUGGUCUCCGUGCUCAAUGCUGCCUCGGUAUUCGGUCGAAUUCUCCCCGGGUGGAUUGGUGACAAGGUUGGGCGGUACAAUAUCAUGGUGAUUAUCAGCUAUGUGUCUGGGAUCCUGAUCUUCGCCUUGUGGAUGACAACAACCGGGAAUGCCCCCACGAUUGUGUUUUCAGUGCUGUACGGAUUCAGCACGGGUGCAUUUGUGAGUCUGGCGCCGGCGUGCCUAGCACAGAUCAGUCAGAUUCGUGAGAUUGGAGUGAGGAACGGAGCGUUGUUCGCUGUGAUAUCAUUGGCUGCAUUGACCGGUGUGCCUAUUGGAGGUGCACUUGUAACAAGAUAUGAUGGAGGGUUUGAAGGGCUACAGAUAUUUGCCGGGACUAUGCUCCUGUGUGGAGCAACGGCGUUUGUGUUUGCGAGGGUGGUGGUGGGAGGGCGAUCAGUCAUGACGGUGGUGUAA